GAGGCAGGAGAGGAAGACAGCCUACUAGCGAACCUUUCACACCCACCAAGAUGCCAGAGACCUCUCUUCCAGUUUACAUCCUCUGCCUACUCACCUUGUCUUCAGCUUGUUACAUCCAGAACUGCCCUCGCGGAGGAAAGAGAGCAUUCCCAGACACAGAAAUCAGACAGUGCAUCCCAUGCGGUCCUGGAAACAAAGGGAAUUGCUUUGGCCCCAGCAUCUGCUGUGGAGAAGAGCUUGGCUGUUAUUUUGGCACCUCUGAAACUCUGCGUUGCCUGGAAGAAAAUUACCUGCCUUCCCCAUGCGAGGCUGGUGGAAAACCCUGCAGUGCAGGCGGGAGAUGUGCUGCAUCUGGAAUUUGCUGCAAUGACGAGAGCUGUAACGCUGAUGCUGCGUGUGUGGACGAAAACAGCGAGAGAAGUCGAAUGGCCUCGGAAAGAAACCUGACUGUGCUGGACAGCUCAGCAGGAGAUCUCCUCCUCAAGCUGAUGCAUAUGGCAAACGGAAACAGGCAGCAACAGGGCAAGCAGCAGUUUUACUGAGGCCGGGGAAGAAGACCCAGUGCUUGGAACAGGAGUUCUCUUACUUACGUUUCAAAACACCCUCUGGAAAAAAAGAGUCAGAAGAAGCCCUAA